AUGCCAAAAGUGGAUAGAAUGUCAAAGAGUGACAAUGAACUUAAUAGAGUUCAAUUAUCAACUUAUUUUGAUAAUAAUAAUCAAUCAAUUUUAUAUUUUAAUAAUUAUCCUGAACCACCAUUAACAGAUGGUCAAGUACAAACUGAUCAAGAAAAUUUAUCAACUAAUCGUGAUCACAUAAUAUCGAAAACUAUUCGUAUAUAUUUAACUCUGAAUGGUAUAAUUACCAUAAUAUUUGGAUUGAUUUCUAUUGCGAUACAAAUAGCUAUUGUCAUAUCAUAUUUAAUCAGUUAUUAUUAUUUUGGAUUUUGGGGUAGAUUAUUUCUUAUUUUUAUUGGCCUAGGUACUACUGCAUUAUCUAAUCAUCAUCAGACAGAUUAUUCAAAACUUUUUCACUCAUUAUUUUGGCAGAGUAUACGUGUAGUGAUUAUAUUUAGUAUUGGUAUGCUCAUUAUAUUAACUGAUAAAUGUAAUGGUAGAACAAUAGAAAAUGAUAAUGGUAAUCAUUUAUGCAGAAAAUCAUAUAGAAUACUUAAUGGAUUUUUACUUGGUAUAUUUGCUCUAAUACUUUUGCAAUCGAUGAUAAAUGGAAUUAUUUUUUUUAUUUUGAAAAGAAAGCAUUCGUUUGUCGAAAUUUAG